AUGAAUGCAUUUGGUAUUAAAAACAAUAGAUUUCAAUAGAAGGCAUUAAAUAAAAAGCAAUAGUCAAAAGAAAAGUUAAAUACUCAUGAAAAUCAAUAACAACAAAAAUUUCCAUAACAAAUUUAAAAUGAAUCUGAUAGAAGGUAAAAUAGAAAAGAAUCAAUUACAGUCGUUAGUCCAACAACCCCAAUAUCAGAAUUUCAUGUACCUAUUUUCUAACCAGCAAAAUUUAUUUAUGAUAUUACAAAUAAAAAAUAAUGA